AUGCAGAAAUCAACAAUCGAGCUUGCUUCUCAUAUUCCGGGGAAGGGGGGAGCCCGCAUUCCGUCCUGCGAGCAAAGCGGCGACUGGACUGUCUGGACAGACACCGAUUCAGCCAUCGACAUCCGCUCUCGGUCGACGUCUGUAUCCUGCGGGUCGGAAAGCACCGAACAAUCGUCCGCAGAAGCCCAGUUUGACACGUCGAAGCAACAACAGAAGGGCCAAUUCCCCUAUGACGAGGAAGACACCUGGACCGAUUACGAGUCAAUCCCGGCGUCCCACUCCCUGCGCGGCUUAACCCAAGCUGCUGUACAGCCAGCAACGCAAUCCCGGCAAACGUCUACCCCCAAUCGCGGGGACGAGGAGAGCGACAGACAGCAGAAACGAUUGGAAGCCGCAGAAAGGCUCCGCGCGUGGAAGCAGAGAAUGAGCCUGGCCCGCGCAGCCUCCCAAAAGCACCACUACACCCACACCGAGCAGCGGCAGCGCGACUUCCGCUGGGGAGAGGCGUUCUACAUCGACGACUCUGGCCACCUGGGCAUCGCAAAGGAACUGGGGGACCAAGAAUGCCGGGAUAUGGUCACGGCCAGCCCAGCCGUGUACGGGCUGCAGGCCUGUCGCUGGCACAAGAGCAAGACGAACACCCGCCGGGAGCCGAAGCAGGCUAAUAAUAAUGCUAAUAAGCCUCAGCCGCCGGAGGAGGAUGGUGGGAGAGCCCCGCCACCGCUGCUGAAGUUGACGGAUCCCGAGGGGCAGGAGUGGUUUCUGAGUGAUUUGUUCUAUUAUGCCGACAACUACGAUAGUGAUGGGGAAGAAGAGGAGGAUGACGACCUUUAUGAGUGA